GCAGACAGACUGGAGGAGUGAUGAAAUCAUCUGGAAAUAUUUUAAUAAUUAGAAUAGAAAAGAAUUUGAGAAGAUGUCUGGUCUUCUGUUUACGUCUGUUCCCUCUAUGUGUUUCUUAUAGCGUUUUCAUCACAUUACAUUUAUAAUUUAUUUAGAAAGAUUAAAUUUUGAAUGGGUUAUACUAAAAAGCAAUAUCACCAUUUAUUAAAUAUUUCAUAAUUUUUCCGUUGUCUAUUAUUUCUUUUUACGUUAUAUCUUAGCCUAUGUCUUCUUCCUGUUUGUUCUAAAAUUAUUAUGUUUACAUACUUAUAUAUUUAUUAACACACACACAAGUGUGAAGUGAUUAAUAUAUAAACAGGCCUAUGCAUAUUAAUUUGUAUGUAAACAUAAUAGUUUUAGAACAAACACGUAGGCUAUAAAUAUAAGGAAGAAAUAAUAGAAAACAGGAAAAUUAUGAAAUAUUUAAUAAAUGGCAGGCAUGUGCACAGGUAGGGCUCAACCUGUGCAGGGCACAUGCCCUACUUACAUUCAGAAGUGCCCUUUUUUGGAGGUGUUUUAUUACUUAAUUUUCUUUAAUAAAGCAAUGAUAUUGGUAACCCAUUCAGCCUGUCUGUUUUACAAAUAUAUUUAUCAAAUUAAAGGUAUUAAAAAAUUAGCAGGACAAACGUAGUCUUGUCUCUAUGUAUUUUAGUGUUGAGAUGAUGCAGGACACUACGGUAUGUGACAAUAAACAGGGCUUACAGGAGGCUUAAUAUUAAUAGCUUAAUAUUUUAUGUUACAGUCAAUCGCACAACAGCUUUUCCCACCCAUUUAGACACGUUUUCGCCGUGUUUUCGCUGAUUUUACACUGUACUCAAAUGCUGCCGCUCUGUCUUUUGCCAAACAGUGGGCGUAACCGCAGUCAUUUUCGCCAAAGGUGACGUCACGUGCAUACCUUCUAUUGAUAUCCCAAGGAGUUCACACCUCAGUCCAGAAGAUGGCGGCAAUGAACACUGUUUGCAAACUGCCUGUAAAACUACCGAAGAAGAAGAAGCGUUUUCUCUCUCCAGUACAGCAGGAGCGGUGCAGCUCUUUAAUCCACAGAUAAACUCACUAAAGAGAGCGAGCGAGAGAGAGAGAGAAAUAGAGCGCGUGUGAUGUGUUUGUGUAUCCUCAGUGUUUUUCUCUCUUGCGUGUUUCAUUGAGUGUAAACGGAGUCUUGUCUUUGUGUAUUUAAAUGUUGAGACGAUGCAGGACACUACAGUGUGUGACAGUAAACAGAGCUUACAGGAGGAUCAAACUUCCACAGAGUCUCUGGAUUCUGUCUGUAACGCUGGAGAACAGCAGCAGAUCCUGCAGACCAAACUGAAGAUGUGUUCAGUUAAACUCAUCGACUCCACGAACCUCAUGAUGAAGAUUAAAACUGAACCCACAGAAAUCAAAACUGAACCCACAGAAAUCAAAACUGAACCUACAGAAAUCAAAACUGAACCUACAGAAAUCAAAACUGAACCUACAGAAAUCAAAACUGAACCUACAGAAGAGGAAGAUCGCACUGAUGAAGAAGAUUAUGAUUUUAUUCCAUCAGAUGUGAAGAGUGAUUCAUGUUUGGAUAUAGAAAUAACGUCCUCAACAUCAAAAGAGCGACUGACAGCACAAACUCUUUCCUGCAUCACCUGUGGAAAGACAUUCAGCUCACAGAGACAUUUAGAGAGACAUGAGAGAAAACACACAGAACAGAAACUCUUCACCAGAUCUGAGAUCAGCUUUACUACAUUACAAGAGAAGAAACUUCAUUCAGAAGACCACAGAGAGAAGAAGAAGAAGCAGUUUCACUGUGAGCAGUGUGGGAGGAUUUGUGUCUCUUCCUAUAAACUAAAUAUUCACAUGAGGAUACACAGUGAUGAAAAGCCUUUCAACUGCACUGAAUGUGGAAAAUACUUCAGAACCAAACAAAAUCUUAAAAUUCAUCAGAGAAUUCACACUGAAGAGAAACCUCAUCACUGUAGUGUCUGUGGAAAGAGUUUUGUUCGAAAGUCAAACUUACUUUAUCACAAGAGAAUUCAUACAGGUGAAAAACCGUUCAAAUGCUCUCAGUGUGACAAGACAUUUGCUUCUUCAAGUAACUUAAAAGACCAUCAGAGAGUUCAUACUGGAGAGAAACCUUAUCACUGUAGUGUCUGUUGGAAGAGUUUUAGUCAACAGUCGCACUUACUAAAUCACACAAGACUUCAUACAGGUGAAAAACCUUUCCAAUGCUCUCAGUGUGACAAGACGUUUGCUCAGUCAGCUUCCUUAAAAAAACAUAAGAGAGUCCAUACUGGAGAGAAACCUUAUCAUUGUAGUCUCUGUGGGAAAAGUUUUGUUCAACAGACAAACUUAUCUAAGCACAAGAGAAGUCAUACAGGUGAAAAACCUUUUAAAUGCUCUCAGUGUGACAAGACGUUUACUUGUUCAAGUAACUUAAAAAACCAUCAGAGAGUUCAUACUGGAGAGAAACCUUAUCACUGUAGUGUCUGUGGGAAGAGUUUCUCUAAUUUAUAUCAUUUAAGAGUCCAUCAGAGAGUUCACACUGGAGAGAAACCUUAUCACUGUAAUGUCUGUGGGAAGAGUUUUAGUGUAAGUGAUACUUUACUAAAGCACAGUAGAAUUCAUACAGGUGAAAAACCGUACAAGUGCUCUCAGUGUGACAAGACGUUUACUUGUUCAAGUAACUUAAAAGCCCAUCAGAGAGUUCAUACUCAGUGUUGGGCAAAUGUUUGUGUAUCCUCAGUGUUUUUCUUUCUUGCGUGUUUCAUUGAGUGUAAACAGAGUCUUGUCUCUGUGUAUUUUAGUGUUAAGAUGAUGCAGGACACUACAGUGUGUGACAGUAAACAGAGCUUACAGGAGGAUCAAACCUCCACAGAGUCUCUGGAUUCUGUCUGUAACGCUGGAGAACAGCAGCAGAUCCUGCAGACCAAACUAAAGAUGUGUUCAGUUAAACUCGUCGACUGCACGAACCUCAUGAUGAAGAUCAAAACUGAACCGACAGAAAUCAAAACUGAACCAACAGAAAUCAAAACUGAACCCGAAGAAAUCAAAACUGAACCCACAGAAGAGGACGAUCGCACUGAUGAAGAUGAUGAUUUUAUUCCAUCAGAUGUGAAGACUGAUUCAUGUUUGGAUUUAGAAAUAUCGUCUUCAACAUCAAGAGAGCGACUGACAGCACAAACUCUUUCCUGCAUCAUCUGUGGAAAGACAUUCAGCUCACAGAGACAUUUAGAAAGACAUGAGAGGAAUCACACAGAACAGAAACUCUUCACCAGAUCUGAGAUCAGCUUUACUACAUUACAAGAGAAGAAACUUCAUUCAGAAGACCACAGAGAGAAGAAGAAGAAGAAGAAGAAGCAGUUUCACUGUGAGCAGUGUGGGAGGAUUUGUGUCUCUUCCUCUAAACUAAAUGUUCACAUGAGGACACACAGUGGUGAAAAGCCUUUUAACUGCACUGAAUGUGGAAAAUACUUCAAAACCAAACACACUCUUAAAGUUCAUCAGAGAGUUCACACUGAAGAGAAACCUUUUCACUGUAGUGUCUGUGGGAAGAGUUUUAGUCACAAAAAAAACUUACUUUAUCACAAGAGAAUUCAUACUGGAGAAAAACCUUACAAAUGCUCUCAGUGUGACAUGACAUUUACUUGUUCAAGUAACUUAAUAGUCCAUCAGAGAGUUCAUACUGGAGAGAAACCUUAUCUCUGUAGUCUCUGUGGGAAGAGUUUUAGUCAACAGUCUACAUUAUUUAAUCACCUAAGAAUUCAUACAGGACAAAAACCUUUCAAAUGCUCUCAGUGUGACAAGACGUUUGCUCAGUCAGGUUCCUUAAAAUCUCACCAGAGAGUUCAUACUGGAGGGAAACCUCAUCCCUGUAUUGUUUGUGGGAAGAGCUAUAGUGUAAAGCAUACCUUACUAAGUCACAUGAGAAUUCAUACAGGUGAAAAACCUUACAAAUGCUCUCAGUGUGACAUGACGUUUACUUGUUUAAGUAACUUAAUAGUUCAUCAGAGAGUUCAUACUGGAGAGAAACCUUAUCACUGUAGUGUCUGUGGGAAGAGUUUUAGUCAACAGACUGGAUUACUAAAUCACAAGAGAGUUCAUACAGGUGAAAAACCUUUCAAAUGCUCUCAGUGUGACAUGACGUUUGCUCAGGCAGGUUCCUUAAAAUUUCAUCAGAGAGUUCAUACUGGAAAGAAACCUUAACACUGUAAUGUUUGUUGGAAGAGUUAAUCAACAGUCAGUCUUUGUAAAGCACCAGUGACCUUAAUGAGGUUAUGAAACCAAAAACUUGUAUAAAGUUUUAAAUAUUGUUAAAAGUUAAUACAACCCCAAAUCAGAAAAAGUUGGGACACUGUAGAAAUUGUGAGUAAAAAAUGAAUGGAAUAAUUUAUAAAUCUCAUAAACUGGUAUUUUAUUCACAGUAGAAUACAGAUAACAAAUCAAAUGUUGAAAGUGAGAUAUUUUGAAAUGGCAUGCCAAAUAUUGGCUCAUUUUGGAUUUCAUGAGAGCUACACAUUCCAAAAAAAGUUGGUACAGGUAGCAAUAAGAGGGCGGAAAAGUUAAAUGUACAUAUAAGGAGUAGCUGGAGGAGGACCAAUGUUUAGGAAUAGGAAUGUUGUCCUAUUCUUGUCUAAUACAGACUUCUAGUUGCUCAACUGUCUUAGGUCUUCUUUGUCGCAUCUUCCUCUUUAUGAUGCGCUGAAUGUUUUCUGUGGGAGAAAGAUCUGGACUGCAGGCUGUCCAUUUCUGUACUCAGAUCCAUCUUCUACGCAGUCUUGAUGUUGUAAUGUGCAGUAUGUGGUCUGGCAUUGUCAUGUUGGAAAAUGCAAUGUCUUCCCUGAAAGAGACGACAUCUGAAUGGUAUCAUAUGUAUCUAGAAUUUGGAUAAACUUUUCAGCAUUGAUGGUGCCUUUCCAGAUGUGUAAGCUGCCCAUGACACAAGCACUCAUGCAACCCCAAACCAUCAGAGAUGCAGGCUUCUGAAAUGAGCGAUAAUAACAACUUGGGUUGUCAUUGUCCUCUUUAGUCCGGAUGAAAUGGUGUCCCAGUUUUCCAAAUAGAACUUUAAAUUUUGAUUUGUUGGACCACAGAACAGUUUUUCAUUUUGUCAAAGUCCAUUUUAAAUGAGCCUCGUCCAGGGAAAACGCCUGUGCUUCUGGAUCAUGUUUAGAAAUGGCUUCUUUUUUGACCUAUAGAGUUUUAGCUGGCAACGGCGAAUGACACUGUGGAUUGUGUUCACCGACAAUGUUUUCCAGAAGUAUUCCUGAGUCCAUGUUGUGUUUUCCAUUACAGUAUCAUUCCUGUAUGUGAUGCAGUGCCGUCUAAGAGCCCGAAGAUCACGGGCAUCAUGUAUGGUUUUCCGGCCUUGACCCUUACGCACAGAGAUUGUUCCAGAUUCUCUGAAUCUUUGAAUGAUAUUAUGCACUGUAGAUGAUUAUAACUUCAAUCUCUUUGCUAUUUAUCUUUAAGAAACUCAGAAAACGAAUUUUCACUGCAGCAUUGGAGGAAUUGGUGAUUCUCUGCCCAUCUUGACCUCUGAGAGACACUGCCACUCUGAGAGGCUUUUUUAUACCCAAUCAUGUUGCCAAUUGACCUAAUAAGUUGCAAAUUAGUCCUUAAGCUGUUCCUUAUAUGUACAUUUACAUUUUCUGGCCUCUUAUUGCUACCUGUCCCAACUUUUUUUGGAAUGUGUAGACCUCAUGAAAUCCAAAAUGAGCCAAUAUUUGGCAUGACAUUUCAAAAUAUCUUACUUUCAACAUUUGAUAUGUUAUCUAUAUUCUACUGUGAAUAAAAUAUAAGUUUAUCAGAUUUGUAAAUUAAUCCAUUACUUUUUUACUUACAUUUUCUACAGUGUCCCAACCUUUUCUGAUUUGGGGUUGUAGUAAAAUAAGAACAAAUAAUCAAAUUAUGAGCAAUAUUGCAGAUAAAUAGAACAGAACAAACAUACAAAUGAAAUAAAACAGUGCUGCUCGUGUUUUUAGAUUAAUCUAACAAUACUGUAUUAUGGAGGACAAAAAAUUACUUAAAGGUUCCAUAUUUGAAAGCUUUCUAGUUUUAUUUUAAGUUAUAAUGUCCGCCAAGGGAUAGUUCACACAAAAAUGAAAUUUCUGUUAUUUUUUUACUCACUUUCAUGUUGUUACAAACCUGUAUAAAUUUCUUUGUUCUGAUGAACACGAGGGAAGAUAUUUUGAGGAAAGUUUGAGUAAAUACAUUUGUGAGCCCCAUUUGCUUCUAUAGCAUUAUUUUUUUUUUACUAUGAAAGAGUUUUUUUAAUGGUUUUUGAUGAGUGAAAUACACAUUUGCAUUAUGUAAUCCAUGGAAGUAAACUAAAUGUUAUUUUCUGUACACUAAAUGGGUCAGUGUCUGUAAAGCAGGUGAUGAAAGAAAGCAGGUGAUGGCGCUUUACUAUUUAUCUAUGGCAGGUUAUCCAUAUAGCGGAUAAAAUGUGCAAAUAAACGUCCAAUCGACGAAUGGCUAAUCGAACAUCUGACCAAACGUCUUGAAAUUUUAGUGCCUAGCAGCCUAGCGUGCGAACCACGUGACGACCUGACAUGACGUCAACGCCUUAAAAGUAGCGGGUUUUUUUAUUAAGGUAAUGUGCCAAGCUGUUAAGCAGUGUGUAUGUGUGUGUGGGAGCAAACAAACUGUUUAGAACUAUAUAGAAUAGUGUUCAUUUGUAUUGUUUUUCAUAUUUUAUUUACACAUAAUUUUUAUAUCACAUUUGUCUCUUUUAUUAACUGUUUUGUUAUAUGUCAAACUCGUUUAUUUUAUAUUGCGUGCUGUGAUUUUACAAAUUGGUUUUAAAGUCUUAAUGUCUUGGGACCAUAAUGUCAUUAAUUGUUCAUUAACUUUGCUUGGUAUAAGAACACACUGAGAAAGGAAGUGUUCAGAUUAUUUAGUAAAUGCUUCGUUCAUUUUUACAUUAAUUACGUCUCCUGACUUCUGCUAUAGGCUUAUUCUCUGGGCUGGUAAAUUAAAGUUUACAUAAUUAUUCAGUACU